AUCUAGGUUCCUUUAGCUUUUUGCCACUCAAUAGACAAGUUUCCUCAGAAUAAGGAAACUAUUUACCCAGGUGUCAACUGUUUGGAGCUUGUCGGCAAGCCAUUAUUUUUCCUGUCAGAAGCCGAUUGUAGCUUUUGGAGAAAACAUCUCAUUCAUUCCUGUGAACUUUCCAGAUAAUUAAACUUAUCAUGUCGACGGACACCAGCUCAUGGUCCAGUGCAAGUUCGAACUCGUCCAGAUCCUCCGGCAGCGUAAUGGGCGAAGAAUCUGGACAGGACAACUUUGACAAUCGGAGCGUGGCGAGUAUGGAAAGCCGGGAAAGUGUGGACAGCCGCGGAAGCAUGGUAAGCCAGUGUAGCAGGGCUAGCAGAGGAAGCGCGGCCAGUGAGGCAAGCAUGGCUAGUCGUGGAAGUGUCGCAAGUCGAGGGAGCGUUGCUAGCCGAGGGAGCAUGGCUAGCCGAGGGAGCAUGGCUAGCCGACGGAGCAUGGCUAGCCGAGGGAGCAUUGCUAGUCGAGGAAGUGUCUCAAGUCGAGGGAGCAUGGCUAGCCGAAGGAGCAUGGCUAGCCGAGGAAGUGUAGCCAGUCGAGGAAGUGUCGCAAGUCGAGGGAGCGUUGCUAGCCGUGAAAGUGUGGCUAGCCGAGGGAGCAUGGCUAGCCGAGGGAGCAUGGCUAGCCGAGGGAGCAUGGCUAGUCGAGGAAGUGUCUCAAGUCGAAGGAGCGUUGCUAGCCGUGAAAGUGUGGUUAGUCGAGGGAGCAUGGCUAGCCGAAGGAGCAUGGCUAGCCGAGGAAGUGUAGCCAGUCGAGGAAGUGUCGCAAGUCGAGGGAGCGUUGCUAGCCGUGAAAGUAUGGCUAGCCGAGGAAGUGGGGUUAGUCGAGGGAGCGUUGCUAGCCAAAGAAGCGUGGCUAGUCGCGGCAGUGUGGCAAGUCGAGGGAGCGCGGCCAGUCGAAGAAGCGUAGCCAGUCGAAGAAGCGUAGCCAGUCGAAGAAGCGUAGGCAGUCGGGGUAGCAUCUACAGCGAGUACAGCCUGACCUCCGAGGUGAGCAAUGAGAACCGCAAUGGAAGGGCCAACGAAGAGGAAACCUCCAGCUCUUCCUCGAACUCAAGCUCCGUAUCAGCGGGUGUACCCAGAUCGCCUGCUCCUUCUGAUGGCAGUAGCACCGGCUCGGACAGUCCUCUGGUUGAUGAGUUCUUGCAGGACAUGGACGCGAGCAAUCUGUUCGCUCAGGAGGGCGACGCGAACGGCGCCUCGAACAAUGCUGGGGAAGGGGGCGAGGGUAAUAAUGAUCCCAACUCCACCCUGUCCACCGAGAGCCUCGAACGCAUCAACCGCUACUGCGAGGAUUGCCUCGCCUGGGUUGGCAACACCAACCUGGUGCCAUCAACUGCCACUCCGACUGUUGUGCGUCACUAUCGCCGCACCAUUGCCACCACCCCGGUGGAUGUCUUUGUUCUAUCGCCCUUGGAGCUGGUUCCACGCACUGAUUCGAACGACGGGGAACCGGGCACAUCAUCCCAACCGGCCAGAGGACGCGCCCCUCAGCACGUUUGCCGUGGACCAAGUACUUCCAAUAAUUCCACCACUGCGGAUUCCAAUGAUCCGUCGCCACCGAAGCGCCUGUGCAGACACCAUAAGAAGAACCAAUGCCAUGACCCUUACAAGUGUCCUGUCUGUCUGGAGUGUGUCAGCCACCGUGAGCCGGUGUCCACCCAUUGCGGGCAUGUGUUCUGCCGUGAGUGCAUCGAAGGCGCCAUUCGCUCGAUGCACAAAUGCCCGAUGUGUAACAAGGCACUAACCGAAGAUCAAUUUCUUCGCAUUUACCUCUAAGGUGUUCUAUUUAAAUUGAUAAGCGUUCGUGCUUUGUUAAAUUUAUAUCAAUAUUUUUCAAAUGAUCGUUUGGUUCUUCAACUACAAAAAUAAGAAUUGUUCAAUUGUGCUUCUGAUUUGAAAUCAAAUAAAUCUUUGCAUAUGUUUAAAAGAAAA